CGGGCUCUGAGCGGAGGGAAGCAGGCAGCGCUGGCCAUGGCCUCCAACUUUAACGAUAUCGUCAAGCAGGGCUAUGUGAAAAUCCGCAGCAGGAAGCUGGGGGGCAGAAACUAGCUCUUUAUUCUAUAUUUCAAUCUUCUGUGGAUGAAGUGGAGUGGUAGAGUACAGCCAGCGUUUAUGAUUGAGCUUAUAUUUAUGUGUGUGGCAUAUGGCAUUUUCCUGCUAAGGGCCAAAUCUGAAGAGAUUUUCAGACGCUACUGGUUGGUUUUCAAGAAAGCUUCUAGUAAAGGACCCAGAAGACUAGAAAAAUUUCCAGAUGAAAAGGCAGCCUAUUUCAGAAAUUUUCAUAAGGUAACUGAGCUUCACAACAUCAGAAACAUAACCAGACUGCCUAGAGAGACAAAGAAGCAUGCAGUGGCAAUUAUUUUUCAUGAUGAGACAUCAAAGACAUUUGCCUGUGAGUCAGAAUUGGAGGCCGAGGAGUGGUGCAAACAUCUUUGCAUGGAGUGUCUAGGAACCAGGCUCAAUGAUAUAAGCCUUGGGGAACCUGAUUUGCUUGCUGCUGGAGUACAGAGAGAACAAAAUGAGCGAUUCAACGUAUAUCUUAUGCCUACACCAAAUUUAGAUAUCUAUGGGGAAUGUACAAUGCAGAUCACUCAUGAGAACAUCUAUCUCUGGGAUAUUCAUAAUGCCAAGGUCAAGCUGGUCAUGUGGCCUCUGAGUUCUUUGAGGAGAUAUGGGCGUGACUCAACAUGGUUCACAUUUGAGUCUGGAAGGAUGUGUGACACAGGAGAGGGACUGUUCACCUUUCAGACGAGGGAAGGAGAGAUGAUCUAUCAGAAAGUCCAUUCUGCAACACUGGCGAUAGCUGAGCAACAUGAAAGGCUUAUGAUGGAGAUGGAGCAAAAGGCACGGCUCCAGACCAGUCUGAGUGAACCAAUGACACUAUCGAAGUCAAUCUCACUUCCCCGUAGUGCAUACUGGCAUCACAUCACCCGACAGAACAGUGUUGGAGAAAUCUACAGUUUACAAGGAUGUCUAAUGGGCGAGUCGUCAGAUUUCCUGGUUUCUUGGUCACGGACUGAUGAUAUCAAACCAGGGAUGCAGGUCACUGUCUCAGUUCAACAAAGGUGUCUCGUGCACAGACGUUUCCCAGCUACACCUCAGAGCAGGGCAAGGAGCACCAGCAGUCCCUGUCGCUGUCUAGCAGCUAUGGAUUCAGCUACAGCUCAGCCCUCAUCCAAUGACACACACACAACAGAUGGCCAGAGAGACAGUCUAGCCUGGAACCUUCCAGUAGGGUCAGGAAGCCACCUGCACCCUCAGAAUCCACGAAAGACAAAUUAUAAUGAAAACUGAGGCCUACCAGCUCCAAUCCAGUCACAGAGAAGAUUAAAAACUGCAGUGCAAUUUCCCUGAGAGCCACAGGCUAAGUCUUUUAUUUAAUUUUUAUUUUCUUAAUCCAUAUGUAAAAACAGCCAGACAGAUUUCCAGGUAUAAGAAAGCAAUUGAAUCCACUGAAACCCUUAUGGUGCGAAGUGGAGGGCACUGCUUCACAGGACACCACCUGUUCUGGGGUUGAAACACUCACCAUUAUACUUGUCACCUAACACUGUG